AUGGCGAUCCUUGUAUAUGACUUGGCUUCUAUAACCUCAUUGAAGCCUAUGGUGGCCCUGCCGCUGUUAGCAAUCGCAAUGGGGUUUCUUUACAUCGCAUAUACUGUGGUUUACAACUUAUUCUUUCAUCCCUUAAGAAAUUUUCCUGGCCCAAAACUUUGGGCUAUUCAUUAUGGCUUUUACGCUUGCCUGGAAUUGUCCGGCGACGGCCACCGCAGAAUGGUGGGAGUACAUCAGAAAUAUGGCCCGGUUGUCAGAGUCGCACCCGGCCAUUUGGCCUUUUGUCACCCAGAUGCAGUACACGACCUUGCGGGCCACCGCAAAUCUGGACAACUUGAAAAUCCAAAGGACGCCUUUCGUUACUUGACCAGCAACGGUUCGCUUGUUGGGGCGGAAAGAGAAAACCACUCCCGAAUGCGAAAGAGCUUAACAAAUGGAUUUUCGCAACGGGCGAUGCUCGAACAACAGCCCUUGAUUACGGUUUAUAUUGAUAUGCUAUUUGACAGACUCCGCGCAUUUCAUGUUAACCAAGAAACUUUUGACAUAGUGUCCUGGUUCAACUACACAGCUUUUGACAUUGUUGGCGACUUGGCUUUCGGUGAGCCCUUUGGGUGUCUUCAGCAAUCUACGUACCACCCUUGGGUAGCAUUUCUCUUCGGCUGUAUUAAAAACAUGGCGUUUGACUCGGCGUUUAGGCGCAUGGGAUUCCUGCACAAGAUUCUUGUGAUGCUGACCCCGAAGUCUAUUUUGACAAAGUUCAAAGAGCAUAACGAAUUAUCUGCUCAAAAAGUUCACAAAAGACUAAGCAUUAACACAGAACGAAAGGACUUUAUAGCAUCUAUGCUGUCUAAAAGUGGAAAAGAUGCAUUAACAUUUGAUGAAAUUUGUGCUAAUGCCAGCGUUUUGAUUUUGGCCGGUUCAGAAACAACGGCGACGGCUCUCUGUUCAGCGACUUAUUAUCUUGGGCUAAACCCAGGACCAUUUAAAAGAUUAUGCGAUGAAGUACGGUCUACUUUUAAAACAGAAGAGGAAAUUGAUAUUUUGAGCGUUGGCCGAUUGGAGUAUAUGCCCGCUGUGCUGAAUGAAGCGAUGAGGAUUCACCCAGGAGCUCCUGGCACAGCGCCCCGAACUAUUAAUGAGAAUGGCGAUAUAAUUGCAGGUUACUUUGUGCCCCCUGGAACCCAUGUUGAUAUCUGGUUUUGGACUGCAUUCCAUUUUCCUGCGUACUGGACCCAGCCUGAGGAGUUUAUCCCAGAGCGAUGGCUUGGAGACUCACGCUUUGAGAAUGACAGAAAAGAGAUUUUUACUCCUUUCUCUGUUGGUCCAAGAGGUUGUAUUGCCAAAAGUCUUGCGUUUACUGAAAUGCGCCUCAUUAUGGCUAGACUUGUUUGGAAUUAUGAUAUUGAAAUUGCCGAAGAAAGUAUCGGUUGGGCAAAGAGGUGCAAGUGCUAUAUUGCAUUUGAGAAAGGACCUCUUUAUAUCCGCCUAAAGCCUAGACAAUGA